AUGCUUCAACCACAUGAGCUAACAAAGGCGCUAAUUCUUAUUGGUGUCUUCGAAAAUGGCGACGUUCGUUUGACCACGUUUUUGGAAUUAGUUUUGUGCGUUAAUUUGUGUUUUGUAAUUCUCAGUGAUUAUGCUACACUAAAUUAUUUCAUUUAUCUAAUGGUUUAUUUACCCAGUUAUGAGGUGGAGGUUAAAAAAAAAUUUGCAACUCUGCCAUUUGCGCAAGAUACUUCCAAAAAUACAAAAAAUCUCCACUUUAUCUGUACAUCUCAUAUUGAAGCUCGACAAUCAACUAAUAUCACGAUAAUCAAAGCAAGGCCUUUGAAUCAACCAUUCGAUUUGAUGUAUGGACCAAAUUACUCAGCCUUGACCUAA